CGAGCGGAGAGAGGAGGCCUGCCGCUGCUUGGCGCAGCUUCGCAUGAGUGCAUGAAAUCGUCGUCGAUGGGCCGAGCGCUGUGCGCAUGGCGGAAGUCUCGAGAUCCAGUGGUUGAUGCAGAUUAGCCAUAGCGAUGGGUCAGGUCCCUGCUUCGUUCGCGGCGGAGCAGCCGUGUGCGCCAGUGAGGGCAGAAUCUGACUCUACUGGACAUAUAUCUACUGUAGAUUCCAAGGACGGGGAGCGACAGGUACAUGGGGGGUGACACUGUCAGACAGAGUGACCAUCUCAUAGGCAUGUUGCCGUGUUUUGUGUUGACGCAUGCGUCAGGCGUGUCGGGACCAGUUGAAUACAAUGCCGGCCAGCCACGAUGUCCGACAUCAGCUCCAGCUGGACGACCUGUGUCGGGCCAUCAGGGGGCCCUUCAUGGUCUACCAUGGCAGGGACGCCGGCACCGCAUCCCCUGUGGCGCAGGUAUGCAACACUGACUCAUCGUCCAUCGUCCGUGUGUGGUUUGCAAUGUGCACCUUUCUGCCUCAGGUGUGCCACAAGGGGCAGGUCGUGUCGCUCAUUCGCUUCGUUGAGUCCGCCCGCUACAUCACGCCGGAGGACCGCCAGCUGGUGUUCCACGCGCCGCUGUCGAGCAAGUAUGGGGUAGUGAUGGACUUCUCGAGGACCGCCACAGGGGACGAGUACGCCUGCGUCAACGCCGUGGCGCCCCUCCACGUCUGCCGAGCCGCCGUGCCCAACGUGCUGCCGGCCCUCCAGCGGUACCUGGAGCCAGGCGCCAAGGACAUCCUGCCAGGGUCACACAUGUGUGGUGUGCCGGUGGAGGGGCUGGCGCAGAGGCAGCUGUCGUGCACCUUCGGGCUGGCACUGGGGGUGGGUGUGCACUUCGCGCUGGCGUCGGCGACCUCCGCCUAUGUCCUCCUGUGCACCGAGCCGGCCGAUGCGGUAGCGUCCAGGGCCGUGAUCGCCAUGCCUUACAUGGAGAAGAGGGAACAGAGGGAGCUCCUGGCGGCGGGCGCGGAGGUGGUGUGGCUGCCGGUGCACCACCCCGAGGUGCGGUACCCCGAGAUCCUGCCCUUCCAGCGGCCAGGGGAGGUGCCGGUGAUCAAGACGCGCCAGGGGCGGGUGGAAUGUGUUGCCGAUCGGGCAUUGGCCCUCGGAACGUCCCAGACGGGGCGUCUGCCCGGUUUGUGGUGGCUGUGUGCUUGUUGACUGUUUGACUGAUGCACAUGGUGAUCCUCCUCCAGAGGACGACGCCCCCGCCGCCGCCCGUAGUCAGUGUGCACAUAGUAAGUAAGGGGAAGGGCGGGGCGGGAAAGGUAGG